AUGACUGUUCGUGAUGUCAUGCUUCAUCACGAUAAUGCCACAGCACAUAAGGCAAGAAUCGUAAUGGAAUAUCUUCGUAAUGAGCAAGUGGAACUUCUUCCCCACCCACCAUACAAUCGAAAAUUUGGCAAGGCUGUUCAGGCAGUUGUUGAAGGUAUCCCAAAAGAGGACUAUGAGAACUCUUUUCAGAGUUGGCAAAAUCGGCUAGAAUGUUGUAUAGAGUUUAACGGAGAGUACUUUGAAGGAACGAAGUAA